AUGUCUGUUCAAAAGAUUGCCGCAUCGGUGACACGGCAAACGAACGCCGUUGUCGUGUCCGCGGGCCUCAUGGAGAAGACUGUGAAAGUGAGGGUCGGCGUGCAGAAAUGGAACAACCAUAUUGGAAAACAUUUCAACCAGUCCCGCAACAUCCUCGUCCACGACCCUAACUCCUCCCUCAGAAUUGGCGAUGUGAUCUCCAUCUCUCCUGGCUGGCGGGCUAGCAAACAAGUGCAUCAUGUUGUUAAUAGCAUUCUCGCGCCGUUUGGUGAGCCGAUUGAAAGUCGCCCGCCCGUACCGACGCUGGAGGAGAGGCUGGGGAUGAGAGAGGAGAAGAGGAGGGCGAGGGAGGAGAGGAGGAAGGCUAAGCGGAGGGAGGGGGCGGCUGGGGCUGAGAGUGAGAGGGCAAAGGGAGGGGAGAGUAAGGAGGGUGGGGAAGCCGUUGUGCAGGCUGCGCGUGUGCAGGAGGUGAAAGAAGCAGAGCAGAUACAGGUGGGGAGUGCGGAGGGGAGAGAGGAGAGUUCUGUUUCUGAGGAUGAAAAGGCAGCGAAGGAAGCGAAAGAGGAAGCGAAAGAAGAAGAUGAGGCGCAGAAGCCGAAGUCUUGGUGGCGGUUAUAG